UCAACCUCAAGAAUUCGCAUCUAAUCCACUCGAACGUUCUCCUUAGACCCUUUCCCAAUAUCACCAACCUUAGUCACAACAUCCUCCGCUCGUCACUCCACUACAAUGUCGUACGACGAAUGGCAAAGCCCAAUGGGCGCCCGCUACGCCAGCAAAGACAUGCUCAAACUUUUCUCAGCUCGCACCCGUGCCUCGACCUGGCGCCAACUCUGGAUCUGGCUGGCCGAAGCCGAGCAGACUCUGGGCCUUGACAUCUCUGACGAAGCGAUUUCGCAGAUGAAAGCUGCAAGCACCAUGUCAGACGAGGACUUUCACGUCGCUGCCAUCGAGGAGAAGCGCCGGAGACACGACGUGAUGGCUCACGUCCAUGCCUUCGGCCUCCGAGCCCCUGCUGCGGCCGGCAAGAUCCAUCUGGGCGCUACAUCAUGCUAUGUGACCGACAAUGCCGACUUAAUCUUCCUACGAGACGGUCUAGCAAUGCUCGAACCCAAACUGGCCAGAUGCAUCAAGAAACUCUCCGACUUCGCGCUUGAGUACAAGACCCUGCCCUGCCUAGGCUUUACCCACGGGCAGCCCGCACAGCCCAUCACCGUCGGCCGCCGAGCCACGCAAUGGAUCGAAUCUCUGCUCAUGGAUUUGCGAAACGUCGAACGAGCUCGCUCCGAUCUGCGCUUUCGCGGCGUCAAAGGCACCACCGGGACACAGGCGUCUUUCCUGGAGCUUUUCCACGGCGACCAUGUAAAGGUCAAACAGCUCGAUGAACUGGUCACCAAGAAAGCCGGCUUUGCGAAACGCUCCAUUGUGUCGGUACAAACAUACAACCGCAAGAUCGACUUCGACAUCGCCAACGUGCUCGCCUCUUUCGGCACGACCUGCGAGCACAUCGGCACCGACAUCCGCCACCUGGCCAUGCUCAAGGAACUCGAGGAACCAUUCGAAAAGGACCAGAUCGGCUCGUCCGCCAUGGCGUACAAGCGCAAUCCCAUGCGCUGCGAGCGUAUGUGCAGUCUCGCCCGCAAAUUGACCUCCCUCACGCAAGGCUUUGGCCAAACAUACGCACACCAGUGGUUCGAGCGUUCCUUAGACGACUCUGCCAUCCGCCGUAUUGACAUCCCCGAGAUGUUUCUGAUUGCCGAUUCGCUGUGCAUACUCCUCGACAACGUAUCCUCCGGACUGGUUGUGUACCCGGCCGUGAUCAAUGCCCGCCUUCAGCAGGAGUUGCCCUUCAUGGCCACUGAGACGAUUAUCAUGCGGAUGGUCGAAAAAGGAGCCAGCCGUCAAGAGACGCACGAGCAGAUCCGCGUGUUGUCGCACCAGGCGGGUGCCGUCGUCAAACAAGAGGGUAAAGCGAACGACUUGGUCGAGAGGAUUAGGAAAGAAAAAUUCUUCGAGCCAGUGUGGAGUGAAUUGACGGAAAAUGACCUUCUGAACCCCGCAAAGUUCAUCGGCAGGUCUCCUGAGCAGGUGGAUGAGUUCGUCGAGGAGGAAGUCCAGCCGGCUUUGGUGUCCUACAAGGAGCACAUUUCAAGUGGUCCGGCUGCUGAAAUCAACGUUUAAGACUGGCCAUGUCCUCGCAUAAGCAAAUGUCCAAAGGUUGAUGGAGAUACUGGUGCAGAUUAGGACCACGUUACCCUUGAAGUCUAUCUCCAGGGGAUGGUCACCCUGGGUUCGAUGCUUGACUUACUGCAAAUGUAGAGUGAAGAUUCCUGGCCCAUCAAUCGACCAUAUCAUGAAUCAUCUGCCACAUUCGUCGCUGUUCGUCCAUCUUCGCGUCGCUCUUUGCUCCGUUGGCUGGGGUUGUGUUCCUCUG